AUGAUACAUGGCUAUGACUACAAAUUCAUCAAGGCACCAGUCUACUCUGACCGACAUGUAACGUGGUCGAAGGUACCAAUGAUUACGAAGGCCCUGAAAUCAUACGAGAUUGUGGUAUUUCUUGACCAGGACGCCAUGUUUCACUACCCAGCUUUACCGAUUGAGUGGCUCAUGAAUUACUGGAACCACACUUUAGAGACUCGGCUCAUGCUCGCAGAAGAUGCUGACCGGGACAAAAACAAGGACGACAGCGGCACGCUCUAUCACAAUACUGGAUUUAUUAUUGCGAGGAAUAGCCCUCGUACCUUCGAGAUCAUGGACGCAUGGGAGGAAUGUCCCCGCGAGACCAAGUAUUUCGGUUGCAGCCGCCUUGCCUACCAGUGGCCCCAUGAGCAGGCUGCGCUGGGAGCAUUCGUGAGCAAAUUGGAUUUCAACGAGGCCGAAGAUAUUCGUGGCAUACCUUGUUCCGAAGCAAACGGGUCGCCAAUGACCUAUGCGACAGAAGGCUGUAAUGGCACGUUUGUACGGCAUUUUUGGAUGGAUGGCAAGAGUCAUCCACCCGCUGAGCUCGCAGAUAAUAUAUUGCGUUAUGCCGUGCCGAUGCUGCAUAGAGCGUAUCUAAGUGAUGUCGAGCAUUUCUUGGAAGACUUUUCCAAUUUCUCCUUGCCGGGAAAUAGCUCGUUUACAAUUAGUAGCUGA